AUUUGGGGUAAAUACCUAAUUAAUACCUGAUACCUGAUAACCAAACAAGUUAACAAACUUGCCUCUUCUUUUAUUUCUACGACUCUACCUACAAAGCGACGAUGAGGCCGUUUAUUUUAUCCAUGGCACGUCGGAACCAUCAUAACCUCGACCCUGAUGGUGAUGUCCUCCUUACCCUUCAUAACCCUAACGCACCGUUCGCCGUCUGGGAUCCAGACUGGUAUAAGGAUGUUCCCUCUUCUCCUCUCCCCGAACAGAAUGAUGCCAAGUCUCAAAAUUCCGACCGGUCAGAAUUCAAUGAUCAAACUCAACCAGAAGCGCAUUCCGAGACAGGGCAAAGUUCACCCGCAUCUGACCAACCUAGCACUACCAGCACAUCACCAUCAUCGUCGCAAGUUAAGUUUCGGGUCUCGUCGAAACAUUUGUGUCUGGCUUCGGAAUACUUCAAACGCCUUCUGCAAGGCCCUUGGAAAGAAGCAACCUCGACGUCUGAAGACGGUCUCCGGCACGUGGACGCUUACCAUUGGGACCAAGAAGCUAUGCUCACCCUGAUGCAAAUUAUCCACGGUCGCAAUUAUCAUCUGCCUCUAUAUCCCACUCUUGAGUAUCUCGCCAAAAUCGCCGUUCUGGUAGACUACUACCAAUGCCACGAGGCCGUUUCGCUGUGGGCGGGGAAAUGGUUGCUAUCCAUCAACAUUGCCAAUGUUUUCGAUAGGGAUACCAUUCUGACGAUCCUGGUUGGCCAAGUGUUCAAGGAAUCCGGAUUGUCCGAGAAGGCGGCGCGGGUGGCCAUGCGGGAGUGUCCAGGGAAAUUGCCAACAUUAGGAUUACCUAUCACGACAGUGGCCGGAGGCCUUGGAUCAGAUAUUUACUGAUUUACAUAACCUUCUUAACCGUUUAAUUCAGCGUCAAGUCGGAUGCUCACUCGAAUGUUCGUCCAUGACACUGGGGGCCCUCAGUAUAUAUCUACAUGAAAGCGGAGUUCUUGAUCCGCAAUUGGCUUUCCCUUAUUCCGGGCAUAGUGUAGGGUCAACUAUCUCAAUGGUUAGAGAGUUUAAUAUACCCUACUGGAGGAUGUAUAGCU